UGAUGCUGCCACCAUUGAAACAAGAGCCAGAGAAUUACCAACUUUACUGUGGUUAGCUCCAUUGUUUGGAUUGGAUGCACCUUUAAUGAUGGAGUUUCUCACUUUAUUAGGCAUUAUUAUUUCAUUUGGAGGAGUUGUGUGGAAUCGACUUAGAGAUUGCACUAAUUAUGCCUUAUUAUGGAUGAUAUAUUUUUCUGUUUUUCAGGUUGGCCAAACAUUCAUGUGGUUUCAAUGGGACAUUUUACUUUUAGAAGCUGGAUUUCUAACUAUUCUUCUAGCACCAUUGGGAAUAUUUCAUCAACAAUAUUCAAUUAGUUUCUUGUCUUCAUUGAGCAAUAAGCCAUAUGAUACAGUUAAUUUAUGGUUGCUGAGAUGGUUAUUGUUUCGUCUGAUGUUUGCAUCUGGAGUUGUUAAAUUGCUCAGUAAUUGUCCUACUUGGUGGAAUUUGACUGCACUGACCAUCCAUUUUGAAAGCCAGUGUAUUCCUACUUCUCUAGCAUGGUUUGCUCAUUAUCUUCCAACUUGGUUGUUAAAAUUGGCUGUGGUUGGGACAUUUGUGAUUGAAAUUGCCAUCCCAUUCCUAUUUUUCAUUCCUAUACACUCUUUGCGUGUAUUCAGUUUUCAUGCUCAAAUGUUGUUUCAAGUUUCUAUAAUAUUAACUGGCAAUUAUAAUUUUUUCAAUUUACUAACUAUGGCGUUAUGUCUGUCAUUAGUGGAUGAUGAUUUUCUACUUCAUGCAGUUCAGGGUAGAUCAAAUAUUGUUAAAGGUGUUAGUGGAACAGCAUUCAGAUGGAUGAGAUACUUUUUUACUCAAGUAAUUGAGAUAUUGAUAUAUGGCGGCCUUAUAUAUUGGACCAUUCAAUUUUUUAAUCUUCGUAUUUUGUCAGAUUGGACCAUUGAAUCCAAAAUAGCAUUUAGUAAAAGAGAGUUUUUAGUGUUCAUUAAAAAAAUACUGCCUGUAACAAUAUGGAUAGGUGUACUUUCUUUGUCUGCAAAUAUAUUAAUUGCCCUCUACAGUGGUGUGGCAGUAUGGAUGUUUAGUAUCAGCUUGAUUCCACAUACAAUAAUUGAUAGGAGCAGCCAGCAGAAUCUUUGGCCAGUUGUUCGAACUUGGCAUUCUCGAGUUGACAAAUUUAAUCUGGUAAAUUCUUAUGGACUUUUUCGAAGAAUGACUGGAGUUGGAGGAAGGCCAGAACUGGUUGUAGAAGGAAGUAAUUCUUUACAUUCAGGGUGGAAUGAAUAUCAUUUUCUGUAUAAACCUGGAAAUUUGACAUGCAAACCAGCAUUCAUCAUUCCACAUCAACCUAGAUUAGACUGGCAAAUGUGGUUUGCUGCUCUUGGCUCUUAUUCAGAAAAUCCUUGGUUUGUUAGUCUUGUUUACAGAUUGCUUCAUCAUCAACAAGAAGUGCUUGAUCUCAUGGAUAAAGAAUUACUUCCAUUCCAGAAGCAACCACCCAGAUAUAUAAGAGCAACAUUAUAUAAAUAUAAAUACACAGAUUUUACUGUGAUCAGAGAAAAAAAGAAUGGUAAUUGGUGGAAGAGAGAUUCAGGAACAGAAUAUUUUCCACCAUUGAGCAAAGAUGAUAGAUCACUAAUUAAUUUUAUUAAGGCUAAAGACAUACCAGUGGAAAAAUCACUAACGAUACGUGUUACAAAUUUAUUUGUGAAGAGGAUACUGACCACAACAAGAAAACUGGCAUCAAUGUUUCAUCCAACAACAUUUAUUUGGUCAUUAUUUUGUAGUGGAAUAACCAUAAAGAUGAUUUAUCCUAUUUUACAACUAUUAUAACUGUAAAUUUUUACAUUAAUACCAUAUUGGGUAUUGAAAUUUCCAUUCUGUUGCAAUAUUAAAUUUCUUUUUUUGCAAUUCUCUAUCAAUAACAACUGAAGUGAAUUCUCUUGUAUGAUGAUUUAUCACAUAAAAUGAGAAGCUAGCCAAUUUGUCCAUGCAUACUUACUGUUUGGAGUUAUUUGUUUAUGGAAACUUUCCUAAACUAAUAUCUCCAAAAAUUUCAUGCUGUACAGUCAACAUAUCUCAUAAUAAAGGAUUUGAAAUAUGCAAAA